AUAAGCAACAAAUAGCAGGUUUCAGUGGCUUAUGGGCUACAAAUUAGCAUUGAGAAGCCCAACAAAACGAAGUGGAAUAUAGCGGGCCAUAACACAGGCCGCUUUCCGUCCCUCUAAAACCCUAAAACACAUCUGCUCUCCGAUUUCGGUAACCCUCUUCCAUCUCUGCGGAGCUCUCAAUCUGAAUUUGCGCUUAUCAGCUCUAUCAACCGGCCGGUGGUCAAGCAAUGGCGUCCGGCGGUCCAACUGUGUUGCAAUUCCCCCAAGCUUCGACAAAUCUAACGGCAAAGAUUCAUCCGUUAGUCAUCUUCAACAUAUGCGACUGCUUUGUGAGGCGACCUGACCAAGCCGAGCGCGUCAUUGGAACUCUCCUCGGCUCUGUCUUGCCCGACGGCACCGUUGAUAUCCGCAACUGCUAUGCCGUUCCUCAUAACGAGUCCUCAGAUCAGGUGGCACUGGAUAUUGAUUACCAUCACAACAUGCUGUCGUCCCAGCAGAAGGUGAACCCAAGGGAAGCUAUUGUCGGAUGGUUUUCUACUGGAUCCGGGGUCACAGGCGGUAGUGCGUUAAUCCAUGACUUCUACUCUAGAGAAGUUCCAAAUCCUGUUCAUUUGACUGUCGAUACAGGCUUCAAAGACGAAGGGCGCACCAUCAAAGCUUUUGUCUCUGUUAAUUUGUCCCUUGGAGAUCAGCAACUUGCUGCCCAAUUUCAAGAAAUCCCAUUGGACUUGCGCAUGGUGGAAGCAGAGCGGGUUGGAUUUGAUAUCCUUAAGACCACAACGGUUGACAGGCUGCCUGGUGAUCUGGAAGGGAUGGAAGCUACCAUGGAAAGGUUGCUUGCUUUAAUUGACGACGUUUACAAAUAUGUGGACAAUGUCGUGGAAGGGCGUGUUGCCCCUGAUAACAACAUUGGUAGAUUUAUAUCAGAUACUGUAGCAUCCUUACCCAAGUUUUCACCUCAAGCUUUUAAUAAGCUUGUAAAUGAUAGUUUCCAGGACCAUUCUCUUGUACUUUAUCUGUCAAGCAUCGCAAGAACGCAACUCAGCUUGGCGCAAACUCUGAAUACGGCUGCUCAGUUAUUGUAAUUGUAAUGUUAAAGUUUCCAAGUUGCCCAGAACCGUUGAUCAUUCAUAUACGUUUAGUGUAUGACCAGCUUUUGAAGAAUUUGGUCAUUCUUUUUGAAGAUGAUGUAAUAUUAACGUAGUCACUUUAUGAUGAUGACCUAUGCCAUCUGUUGCGGCGACCAAUUUCUGUUUUUUCUCUAGUUUCCUGUCUUUUUCCAAUUUUGUUUGACAAAUGCCUCCAUCUUAGAAAUAUAGCUAGUGAUUGAAACAUUUUACUUUGUUGUCCCAUCUGAACUUAAUGCAAGUAAAGCUAUUUCCAAAUUGAGUUGCUGAAUAUGGUAUGGUAAAUCAACCCAUGGAGGUCUUGUCCUGGAUAGACUGCAACUGUGCUAAUAAUAUGUUAGAUAUUGCAUACUAUUUUUAUCUCAACAAAAAUCUCCUUGCAAUAGCA